AUGCUGCUGUCGCUGGUGUUGCACACCUAUUCCAUGCGCUAUGUCCUGCCUGCCGCCGUCAUGAUGGGCACGGCCCCCACCUACAUACUGGCCUGGGGCGCCUGGCGCCUGCUCUCCGCCGUGCUUCCCUCCCGCUUCUACCGUGAGGUGGACGAUCGCCUCUACACCAUCUACCAGAGCAUGGUGCUCUUCUUCUUCGAGAACUACACGGGCGUGGAGGUAAUAAUCUACGGCGAUUUGCCAAAAAAUAAAGAAAAUGUAGUAUAUUUAUCGAACCAUCAGUGUACAGUUGAUUGGAUUAUUGCAGACAUGCUGGCAAUUAGGCAGAAUGCUCUUGGGCAUGUCCGAUAUGUCUUGAAAGAUGGAUUAAAAUGGCUUCCACUCUAUGGGUGGUAUUUUUCACAGCACGGAGGAGUAUAUGUGAAGAGAAGUGCCAAAUUCAAUGAAAAAGAAAUGAGAGAGAAGUUGAGGACCCAGGUGAAUGCAGAGACUCCGAUGUAUUUAGUGAUUUUUCCAGAGGGAACUCGUUACAAUCCAGAAAUACCAAAAGUCAUUGCAGAUAGUCAGUCAUUUGCUGAAAAAGAAGGACUUGCUGUAUUAAAACAUGUGCUAACACCACGCGUGAAGGCAACUCAUGUAGCCAUUGACACAAUGAAAGACUAUCUGGAUGCUGUCUAUGAUGUGACUGUAGCUUAUGAAGGUACUGUGGACCACAAAGGGCAAAGAAAACUGGCACCAUCUAUGACAGAGUUUCUUUGCAAGGAAUGCCCAAGAGUUCAUAUUUUCAUUGAUCGAAUUGAACUGAAGGACAUUCCAGAAGAGCAGAUAUAUAUGAGAAGGUGGCUUCAUGAACGUUUUGAAAUAAAGGAUAAGUUACUAAUAGAGUUUUAUGACGCGAAAGAUUCUAAAAGAAGAAACAAGUUCCCUGGGAAAAGUGUUCAUUCGAAACUAAGCCUCAAGAAAACUUUGCCAUCCUUGCUGUUUUUAGGUGGCCUGACUGCUAGUAUGCUUCUGACAGAAUCUGGAAGGAAACUUUAUGUAAAAACAUGGAUAUAUGGGACUUUAAUUGGCUGCCUGUGGGUUAGCAUUAAACCAUAA